GUAAAUUGUCUCGUUCGAGAGUGCCCUCUUCACUCGUCAUAUACAUUCUCAUAAAUAGGGUUUUUCGUCUGGUUAUGCUGAAGCGGAAAUCUUUUAGCGGUGUGGUGAGAGGGAGGUGGGUCGGUUGACUUUUAACGAUGCUUGAGGGUAGGAGAGUGGGACGAACCGAUUGGUUUUCCCGGUGUGACCGAGCGAGAUGCAGCGUGCAUCGGUUGACAAGCAGCGCGCACCCCGAAAAAGGAUACAAGCACAAGAACUCAGCACUCGUAUCGACUCGUCGUCGAGAGUCGUCGAGUGGCUCGCAAGGCCCAGCGUGGAGUGCCCACUUACCUUCAAGUGAAAACAUAAUUUAGUUACAGUCAAGAACUAGCCAUCAACGGCUGAAGAGUGUGUGAAUAUGCGCGCUGCUUAGCACUUGGAUAAUACCCAAUAACAUUAUUGUUUGAUUAGGGGUACGAGUUGCCUUCGCGAGUGUGUGAAUCGGAAAGUGAUCUUCGAGUGGUGAUUUUUCGAGUGCUGUUUAGGUGAAUCGAGUGAUAAGUGUGGCAAAAAUUGAGCACUCAAGUGAUAAAAACCCAACCCCAACCAAUCUGAAGAAGAUUUCCUUGUGUUACCCGUCGCGGAAAAAUCGGUUCAAAGUGGCCGCGGAAAAGAAGGAAGCUGCCGGUUCCCGAGCCAGCAGCCAAAGCCCUCGGAAGUCUCCUCCGGCGCGGCGGAGAUCCGUGUCGUCACCGGCGCCAACGCCACGCCGUUGCUCGCCAACGCCUCCCCCACCGGUGUCGGUUUCACUCUCGUCGGCUCGAACCGGCCAGUCCGGGCUUGGGGACAUGUCGCCGGCGGUUGCCACGGCGGCUAGUACGCCAACUGCUGCUGCCGCAGCUGCGGGUGUUCUCAACUGGGGUCCGCUGUUGUUCCCCACGGCGUGGAAUCCGGCUCUGCUUCCGGCUUUUUAUCCUGCCGCGCUACGAUCACUUCCCGGGUUCUUGGACAACAUCAAACUGCCGCAAUCGCAGCGGACCACAACCCACACCCACGGGUCCGGUUUCCACAUCAGUGACAUUCUUGGCCACAAGGAUAACCGGCCGAAAUUGUCCACCGCGUCGGAUCACGACGAAAAUACCAACGAUGAAAUCCACCGGCACCACCACAAUCUCAGCAGCCGGGCAACCACGGACACCGACAGUAACCAUGGCAACGUAACACCCGGCAACAGUGACGAUGAAAGCAGCAGUCACAGUCAGCUGACGGCGGCGACGAACGGUGGCCGGCGCCAUCAGGGACGAUCGGGCCCUACCAGGGCUGCUACUGGUGGUGGCGAUCAGCAGCUAUCUUCGCCGGAAAUGCUCCUUGACGGUAAAGCUAGCUUGCGGUCUGCACUGGCGGAAGAUUUGCAUGCCCGGUUUACCACGCUGCCUGCCUAUCACCCGCAUCAUCCCCACCAUCCGCUGUUUCCGGCGGCGGCACGACCUUGGUUGUAUGAAACCUGUAAUACCCUGAAUGCAUCUCACGCCGCGCAGCAUGGUCACCAGCUUCAGCAGCAACAACUACAACAGCACCAACAGCAGCAACAUCAGCAUCGAUUGGCACAGCAGGUCAGUCCGGAUAGCACGGGAUCGCCCGUGCAUUCGGAGCAGUCGUAUCACGGUGGAUUCAGCGGUGGAAGUGCGUCCACCGGGGUUAAUGGGCAAUGUGUGAGGACACCCAGUCCGACGGACAGCGAACGGCAGCACUUGAACGUGGCGGAUGGCAACACUGAACACUCGGACGACGUGGACAUCGAAGAAGGCUGCGACGAUGAGAUCGACAUGCUGGAGGAUACAGAGGACAGUCCGGCGGAGCGGUUGACCAACGGCAUCGGAGGUCACAAGAAGCGAAAACGGCGGGUUCUGUUUUCGAAGCACCAGACGUUUGAGCUGGAACGGCGGUUCCGCCAGCAGCGAUACCUGUCCGCUCCGGAGCGGGAGCACUUGGCUUCGGUGAUCCGGCUGACUCCGACGCAGGUCAAGAUCUGGUUCCAGAACCAUCGGUACAAGACCAAACGGGCUGCCCACGAGAAGGGUUCCAUGGAUCCGGGAGCGCAUCAGGGCGGAGGUUUGCCGUCGCCCCGUCGGGUAGCGGUUCCGGUGUUGGUUCGGGAUGGGAAACCGUGUCUGGGUGGAGGGAAGCCACACGACAUGCUGGCAGCUGUUCAGUCGGCUCAUCUACAGCUGCCGCCGGGCUUCCAGCAUGCCAGUCUGCUGCAUCAUGCCGCCGCCAGGUGGUGGCCCUAGUCGCGUCUCCCGCAGUGGACGCCGAUGAUUGUAAAUAGUUCGUAUAACUUUGUGUAGUUCAAUUCGUAAAUAUCGUCGUAAGCCCCACAGCAGCUGCAUCUUUCAAUGUUGUAAAUGUAAAGAAAAUAAAUCAAAAUCACAGAUUUUAGCUAAACAAACAAAACUAUACAGGAGGCAGUUUUCCUUUAGGUUAGAAGCGCGCGCAAGAGUCUAUUUAAUUAUAUUUAGUUAAUUUAUAAGCAUCAUCAUUAGAACUUCGGUAGAUCGAUCAAAAUAAGCAGUCAUCCUGUUGAAAAACGCGCUAUGUGACAUCCAAGCAAGCUCAGAUCACAGAAACAUACUGCUUUUCCACGGAAUACAGGACCC